AUGCCCACAUUUCUUCUCAGAGCUUACUCCAAGACGGAAGGCAGAGUCAUUGUCAUUGCUCAUCAGGACGAGACCCCAUUCUACAACAUCGACACCGCCAUAAUUGAUCCUGUUGUCGUGCUCAACGCAGCUAUAGAGCGCGCCUUCUACCGACUCAACAAUGAUGAUUUCGUGCCAUGGAAAUUUCAUCCCCGUGACUCGGACUUCGAACCACACCAACCACCCUAUCAAUCGCCAAAUCUGAUCCAAGCCAUCAACGUUACUCAGCAGAAGCCUGACCCCGUCAAUGUCUUCAAGGCCGAAACCGGCGAAGUCGAUGAAUCCUAUGGCCUCGACAUCGACACCGCUGGCAACAUCACCAUCAUCGCAGACUCAAUCCUUGGCCUCCUCCACGGCCUGACCACCGUCACCCAACUCUUCUACACCCACAGCUCAGGCGGCGUAUACACUCCUUAUGCACCUAUCUCCAUUCUCGACUCCCCAUCAUUCCCCCACCGUGGUCUCAACCUCGAUAUCGCACGCAACUGGUACCCUCCCGACGAAAUCAAGCGCGUCCUCGAAGCCCUCUCCUGGAACAAGUUCAAUCGCCUGCACCUCCACGCAACAGACGCACAAUCCUGGCCCCUCGAAAUCCCCUCCCUCCCCCUCCUGGCCUCCAAAGGCGCCUACGCCCCUUCUCUGACCUACUCACCAGCCACCCUCGCCGACCUUCACAAAUUCGCCCUCUACCGCGGCAUCCAACUAACCAUCGAAAUCGACAUGCCAGGCCACACGGCCGCCAUCGCCCAUGCCUUCCCAGACCUCAUAACAGCCCCCGACAUCCUCCCCGACUGGCCCACCUACUCCGCCGAACCCCCCACCGGCCAGCUAAAACUCAACUACACCCCCGUAACAACCUUCCUCUCGACGCUCUGGUCUGACCUCCUCCCCCGCCUCGCCCCCUUCACCAGCACCUUCCACACCGGCGGCGACGAAGUAAACCGCAACGCCUACCUCCUCCAACCGGACCUCCACACCAACGACACCGCCAUUCUGCAACCCCUCAUCCAGUCCUUCACAGACACCAACCACGCCGCCAUCCGCGCCGCGGGCCUCACCCCCAUCGUCUGGGAAGAAAUGGUCCUAGACAUAAACCUCACCCUCCCACUCGACACGAUCGUGCAGACAUGGGGCAGCAUCCCAAACUCCACUGCCCUCGCGGUCGAAAAGGGCUACCGUGUCAUCGCCGGGGAUUACAAUUCCUGGUAUCUCGACUGCGGGCGGGGCAGCUGGCUCGACAAUAUACCCGGUAGCAAGACGGCGCUGCCGUGGCCAUACGUCGAUUACUGCACUCCGGUCAAGAAUUGGCGGACUAUUUACGCGUUCGAUCCGCUCGAUGGCGUGCCGGCUAAUCUUACGCAUUUGGUGCUCGGUGGGGAGGUGAGUUUGUGGAGCGAGCAGACGGAUCCCGGGAAUGUGGAUGAGAUGCUGUGGCCGCGGGCGGGUGCUGCGGCGGAGAUACUUUGGCGGGGUGGGAGGGAUGAGCAGGGCAUGAAUAGGAGUCAGGUCGAGGCGAGCCCGAGGUUGGCGGAGUGGAGGGAAAGGAUGCUACAUAGGGGGGUGAGAGGUGCGCCGGUGCAGAUGGUUCAUUGUACUAUGGAGACGGGGGCGUGUGAGAUAUGA